AUGUUUGAUGAAGAGUGUGAAGCGAAAACCAGUCCGGAGAUAAACGGAGGUAAACAGGUCAAAGACUUCCGUUUUUUCUCCGAUUUCGGGCCUGAAUCCUCACUGUUGGUUUCACUACCACUGUUUUCACUGGCUGAAUCUGAGGACUCGGUUCCUGACGAAGCACUAUCGUCAUCACUGUCACUCUGUGAUGAUGAGGAUCCGUUUGAAGCGAAGGUCUCUGUGUCUGAGGAAUCGGAUGACUCUGUAGAACUUUGA